GUUUGCACUCAUUCAUAUGCGUUGUGAACGCUGCCAUUGCUUUUCUUCGUAAAUAGGACUCUUUUCCUAAGUUUGCUGCUAUAAUACGACGCUGAAAAAUUGAAAGCAACUACGUUCACAUCUUCUUCGUUUACAUGAUGCGUCGGCGGCAUGCACGCGGCGGGGGGAGUUAGGGGUUGCUGGAGGAUGCGCAAGCGAAGAGUGAUCGUCUGCUCUGUCGUCUGCUGCCUCCCCGCCCUCUUCCUGCUCUACCUUGCCUCCUCGGACGAAGAGAUGGGGGCCGACAACUUCCUAGGCUUCACCCGACGGGAGGCAAAGUUGGCAGAGAGGGUCCGGGAAGUUGAAGAACAGAAUCAGCUGCUUAGGAGACAACUCAGUAUUUCCCAGAAUCACUUGCUCAGCGUGAUGUCCGAUGUCCAGCAGAAUGAUUCCCAGACGUCUGGUCCGAGAGAGGAGUCCGUCAUGAGCCAAAAAUCCAUCAUCUGUGCCCACCAGGAACCAGAGGUGCCCAAGUGUGAAGUGAUCCACAUCGCGAUCGUCUGCGCUGGCUACAAUUCGAGCCGUUCCGUCGUCACCCUCAUCAAGAGCAUUUUGUUCUACCGCAAGAAUCCUUUGCAUUUCCAUUUUGUCGCUGAUUCUGUGGCUCAGCUCAUUCUGCAGACCCUCGUGUCUUCUUGGAAUGUACCUGGAGUGGAUGUGAGUUUUUAUUUAGCUGACAAUCUGCAGACCGAAGUUUCGUGGAUUCCCAACAAGCAUUAUUCAGGAGUUUAUGGUCUUAUGAAACUAGUCCUUCCAAGGGCACUGCCAGAUGCAUUAGAAAAAGUUAUUGUUUUAGAUACAGAUGUUACAUUUGCUACAGAUAUUGCUGAAUUAUGGAGAAUUUUUCGGAAGUUAUCAUCCAAACAGGCAAUAGGACUUGUUGAAAAUCAAAGUGAUUGGUAUUUAGGAAAAUUAUGGAAGAACCAUCGACCGUGGCCUGCAUUGGGCCGUGGUUUCAACACUGGGGUCAUUCUGCUUCAUUUGAGAAAACUGAGGGAGUAUUCUUGGAUGCAAAUGUGGCGACUCAUUGCAGAGAAGGAACUGCUCAGCAUGCUGUCUACUUCCUUGGCUGAUCAAGAUAUCUUCAAUGCUGUACUUAAGCAGCAUCCCUACCUCAUAUAUAAACUUCCUUGCCAAUGGAAUGUACAACUCAGUGAUAAUACACUCAGUGAGCUCUGUUAUACAGAAGUCCAAGAUUUAAAAGUUAUUCAUUGGAAUUCACCUAAGAAGUUAAAAGUGAAAAAUAAGCACGUUGAAUUUUUUAGAAAUUUGUAUUUGACUUUUCUAGAGUAUGAUGGAAAUUUAUUACGUAGAGAAUUGAUUGGCUGCAAUAACAGUAAAGUCACGCAUGUCCAAGAAGCGUUGAAUGCUAUAGAUGAAGAUGAUUCUUGUUAUGAGUUUAGAAGGGCUCGAGUGGUCAAGCAUCGCACACAUUUGUACUACAUUGAAUAUGAUUACGAGCCUUCUCCAGAGGGGAACGAUGUAACUUUGGUUGCUCAGUUAUCAAUGGAUCGUCUUCAAAUGGUGGAAGCUCUUUGCAAGCAUUGGGAAGGUCCAAUUAGUCUAGCUCUGUAUAUGUCGGAUUCAGAAGUGCAGCAGUUUUUGAGCUACACACUUACCUCAGAAAUUCUCAGCAGCAGGAAAAAUCUUGGAUAUCACAUUGUAUACCGAGAUGGGCCCUUCUACCCUGUGAAUCUACUGCGGAAUGUGGCUUUACAGCAGGUGACUACCCCAUUUGUUUUCCUGACAGACAUUGACUUCCUGCCCAUGUAUGGACUCUAUGAGUACCUUAAGAAGUCUGUUGCAUCUAUGGCUCUCGAGUCAUCAGCCAAGGCCCUCAUUGUUCCAGCCUUCGAGACGCAGAGAUAUCGUUUAACAUUCCCCAAAUCAAAAGCAGAACUCCUUUCCAUGCUGGACAUGGGAACACUUUUUACAUUUAGGUAUCAUGUAUGGACAAGAGGCCAUGCACCAACUAACUAUGCCAAAUGGAGAACUGCCACAACUCCUUAUCGUGUUCAGUGGGAGCUGGAUUUUGAGCCCUACAUUGUUGUACGUAGAGAUGUACCUGAAUAUGAUCGUAGAUUUGUGGGUUUUGGCUGGAACAAAGUCUCGCACAUUAUGGAGUUGUAUGCACAAGGGUACGAGUUUGUUGUGCUUCCAAAUGCUUUCAUUGUGCACAUGCCUCAUGCGCCCAGUUUUGACAUUGCCAAAUUUCGAUCAAGCUCUCAGUAUCGAAAGUGCUUAAAAGUUCUGAAGACUGAGUUUGUGAGAGACAUUUCUCGACGUUAUGGUAAACAGUUUUCGGCUGAGAAGAAAAAACUUGCUAGAUAACACAAAGACUAAAUUUUUAAAGUUCAUUUCUUAUUGAAAGACUUUUUACUGCAGUUGACUGUGUUGCAAAUCUUGCACUUGAACUGUGAUGCAAACCAAAUAUAAGUGCAA